GACUUGGACUGAAAUUGUGAGGGUGUGAUGGCGUCCUCAACUCAGACGCUGACAGACACCAGGACUGAUGAGGAAGAAACAAGCAGCUCCUCCACACAUGAAGGUGGAAAGUGUCUGGGAGAAAAAAUGGUGACACCUCAAGAGGUCCUCUUCAGAACUUUAGAAGAUUUGGGAGCUGAGGACUUUAAAAAAUUCAAGUGGUUCCUGCAGCAGCAGGGGGUGCUAGAAGGCCUCCCAGCAAUCCCAAAGAGUCGACUGGAGGAUGCAGACAGGACAACAACUAUAGAUCAGAUGUUUCAGACCUACAGUAUAAACACGAUGCAAGUCACCAGAACAGUUUUAGUGAAGAUAAAUCAGAAUGAACUAGUGAAGAAAUUAUCAAACACCUCCUUUGAACCUGAAGAGAUUCUUGCUGAGUGCCAGAGAAAACUCAAAUCCAAAUUACAAGAGAAGUUCCAGUCUGUGUUUGAGGGGAUCACUAAAGCAGAAAAUCAGAUCCUUCUGAAUCAGAUCUACACAGAGAUCUACAUCUUAAAGGGAGAAACUGCAGAGGUCAACAUGGAGCAUGAGGUCAGACAGAUUGAAACAGCAUCCAGGAAACCAGACAGACCAGAAACAAGAAUCAGACAAGAAGACAUCUUUAAAGCCCCGCCUGGAAGAGCUAAACCAAUAAGAAGAGUGCUGACAAAGGGAGUGGCUGGCAUUGGGAAAACAGUCUUAACACAGAAGUUCACUCUGGACUGGGCUGAAGACAAAACCAACCAGGACAUCCACUUCAUAUUUCCAUUUACUUUCAGAGAGCUGAAUGUGCUGAAACAGAAAAAGUUCAGCUUGGUGAAACUUAUUCAUCACUUCUUUACUGAAACCAACGAAGCAGGAAUCUGCAGGUUUGAAAAGUUCCACGUUGUGUUGAUCUUUGACGGUCUGGAUGAGUGUCGACUUCCUCUGGACUUCGACAACACUGAGGUCCUGACUGAUGUCACAGAGUCCACCUCAGUGGAUGUGCUGCUGACAAACCUCAUCAGGGGGAAACUGCUUCCCUCUGCUCGCCUCUGGAUAACCACACGACCUGCAGCAGCCAAUCAGAUCCCUACUGACUGUGUUGGCAUGGUGACAGAGGUCAGAGGGUUCACUGACCCUCAGAAGGAGGUGUACUUCAGGAAGAGAUUCAGAGAUGAGGAGCAGGCCGGCAGAAUCAUCUCCCACAUCAAGACAUCACGAAGCCUCCACAUCAUGUGCCACAUCCCAGUCUUCUGCUGGAUCUCUGCUGGAGUUCUGGAGGAUCUGUUGGAAACCGCAGAGGGAGGAGAUCUGCCCAAGACCCUGACUGAGAUGUACAUCCACUUCCUGGUGGUUCAGUCCAAACGGACAAACGUCAAAUAUCGUCGGAAAUUUGAGAGGGAUCCACACUGGAGUCCAGAGAACAGGAAGAUGAUUGAGUCACUGGGAAAACUGGCUUUUGAUCAGCUGCAGAAAGGAAACCUGAUCUUCUAUGACUCAGACCUGACAGGGUGUGGCUUCGAUAUCACAGCAGCCUCAGUGUACUCAGGAGUGUUCACACAGGUCUUUAGAGAGGAGAGAGGACUGUACCAGGAUAGGGUGUUCUGCUUCGUCCAUCUGAGUGUUCAGGAGUUUCUGGCUGCUCUUCAUGUCCAUCUGACCUUCAUCAAGUCUGGAGUCAAUCUGAUGGCAGAAGCAAGAUGGUGGUCCAAAGUCUCUAGAGACAAACCAAAACCAAAACAUCUCUACCAAAGUGCUGUGGACAAGGCCUUACAGAGUCCAAAUGGACACCUGGACUUGUUCCUCCGCUUCCUCCUGGGUCUUUCUCUGGAGACCAAUCAGAACCUCCUACGAGGUCUGCUGACACAGACAGGAAGUAGCUCACAGACCAAUCAGGAAACAGUCCAGUACAUCAAGAAGAAGCUCAGGAAGAAUCUGUCUGCAGAGAGAAGCAUCAACCUGUUCCACUGUCUGAAUGAACUGAAUGAUGGUUCUCUAGUGGAGGAGAUCCAACAGUCCCUGAGAUCAGGAAGUCUCUCCACAGAUAAACUGUCUCCUGCUCAGUGGUCAGCUCUGGUCUUCAUCUUACUGUCAUCAGAAACAGAUCUGAACGUGUUUGACCUGAAGAAAUACUCUGCUUCAGAGGAGGCUCUUCUGAGGCUGCUGCCAGUGGUCAAAGCCUCCAACAAAACUCUGUGA